CGACCUUUCCCCUCCAACAUGUGCAUCAUGACUUGGCGAUGAGUUGAUAUUGAAUCUGUCGACUUCUGCGGACGACCAAUGCGACUACACUCUACACGACUCUUCAGGCAGUAUGGGGCAAGGCCGUCCCCGCCGGAACAAAGCAAUAGUCCUCUCCUCAGACGACGAUGAUGACUCUGCGACCAUUCCUCAGGCCGACGUAGAGACAGUCAUACAGGAAGAGCCAGCUGAAAUCAAGUCUGGACGAGCUUCGCGCUCAAAAUCGACUGCCACCAAGACGAAGGUUACCAAAUCGCCGUCCAAGCCACGACAAAGUCGCCAAUCGACCAAAUCUGUCGCCGAAGCGCAGCCCAAACGUGCAAACAAGUCCAUCUUCUCCUUCUUCAAUGCCGCUACACAACAACAACAACAGCCUUCGUCUCAAGACUCAACCACGCCCACAGCUUCUGCCAACGCUGCCCCGAAACAGGAGGACAUCGAGGACGACAUCUCUGCCGACGAUGCUGCUUCGUUGUCCCAGCCCUCCCGAGUCGCACAGACGCUACGCAAGAGAAAGUUGAACAAGGGCAGUGUCGACGACACCAAUGGAGACGGUCUGCCAGCAGCUUCGCAAAAGUUUCGCAAAGUCUCUGGUGGGACUAGAGUCCCUUCGACAGCCGCCCCCGUCACGACUGACACAAGACCGUGGACCGAACGAUAUGCGCCUGUCGAUAUCUCCGAACUCGCCGUACACAAAAGGAAGAUUACCGAUGUUCGCAGUGUCCUGGAAGCCGCUCUGUCUGAACGCGCGAGGCCAAGACUGCUUGUCUUGAAAGGUGCUGCUGGCACUGGAAAGACGACCACUGUCAGUCUUCUGGCGAAAGAGAUGGCAAUCGAGAUAAUCGAGUGGAAGAGCCCUGUCGGCACAGAUACCUCGAGCAGUGCCUUCACCUCGUAUUCGAGCCAAUUCGAGGACUUCGUCUUUAGAAGUGGCAAGUUUGCUGGCCUAGAUCUGGUCAGGAGUGACGGCACAGCCCAAAAAGCUGAGCCGGUCAAGCAGGGGCACGGAAAGCAGAUCAUGCUCGUCGAAGAGUUUCCAAACACCUUUGCUAGGAAUUCGCCUGCUCUACAGACAUUCAGAAACACAAUCUUACAGUAUCUGGCUGCACCUUCGUCAUCGAAUCCUACACCAAUGGUCAUGGUCGUCUCAGAAGCCUUGCUCUCUACCACGACUGCCUCAGCCGACAGUUUCACCGCUCACCGUCUGCUCGGGCCCGCCAUCUUGAAUCACCCUCAAACUGCGCCAAUCGAGUUUAACAACAUUGCUCCUACAUAUCUCAUCAAAGCGCUGGACGCCAUUGUGAUCAAGGAGUCUCGGAAAACAGGUCGGCGCUUUGCACCUGGUCCUGCUGUUCUCAAGCACUUGGCCGAGACUGGUGAUAUACGCAGUGCUGUUUCUUCUCUCGAGUUCCUCUGCCUUGCCGGUGAUAAUAGCGAUGCUUGGUCUACGAAAGUCGCUUUCACGAAACCCAAAGGUCGCGCUGCCGAGCCUUCGUUGACAAGGAAAGAGCAAGAAGCCUUGAAACUUAUUAGCAACCGCGAAAGCAGUCUUGGUAUCUUUCAUGCUGUUGGCAGAGUCGUCUACAAUAAACGUAUCAACCCUCCGAAUCCGAUUCCUCAGCCUCCAACAUAUUUUCCCCAGCAUCGAAAACCGAAGGUCCCUGAGCAUGAUCCCAACGACUUGAUCGACGAAGUUGGUACUGACACCUCAACAUUCGUUGGAGCACUUCAAGAGAACUAUGUCUUGUCCUGCGGAUCGUCAUCAAGCGAAGAUGCGAUGGACUCACUCAACGGCUGCAUCGACGCUCUCUCGGAUUUCGACAUGCUAUCUUGUGAUCGCUUUGGUUUCGGAACACGAACAUCCUCCGGUUCUGCCCAAGACAACCUUCGUCAGGACGACAUAUCGUUCCAGACUGCAGUUCGUGGUAUUUUGUUUUGGUUACCAAGUCCAGUGAACAGACUAGCAGGGUUGGGGAAGUCAGCUAAGCGUGGUGAUGAGUUCAAAAUGUUCUUUCCGUCGAGUUCGAAGCUGUGGAAGGAGAAAGAAGAAUUCGAGGGCACUUUAGAGAGCGUGAUAUCAACGAUGCAUACACUAGCGGUAGGUCAGACUUCAGAUUCUGCCGCCGCAGACAGAGAAGGCGUAGCGGCAUGGAAGCGCCAGCAGACGUCGGCCAUUUCGUCAGGAAACAAUAGCGAUGACAUUGGUGCGACUACGCCGCUCUCAAAUUCCAUUCUGAGCUCCACUGCAAGGACCGAAACACUUCUCGAGCGUCUUCCUUACGCUGCUCAGAUAUUGCCUCGGCAGAAGGAUAUACCACAGCAUCUCGUCUCAGGCAUGAACAGCUUGACACGUAUCUCGACAUUGACCUCAACAUCUACUGCCCUCGACGAUGCAGCUCUGGAUGUGGGAGAAGACGAUGACCUUGACAUGCAGCAAUCAGAAUGGACUGAUCGUCCAGACAUCGAGUCUUCUGUUGCUAGGAAAGGAAAGGGUCAGCGAAAGCCCAAAGCCGAGACUGAAGGAGGAGGAUUACAGAUACCAGUCGAGCAUGCGGUUGAGAAGCUCGUUCUGAGCGAUGAUGAUAUUGAGGAUGAUUAAUGCUGUCCACACCACGAGUAGAGUUGCUUGUACACGGCUAUGAAUAAUUACUAUACCUCUAUUCCACACCUAUUUCCGAUCUUGUUUUACAACAGAGAUAUGUUUGUUGUUUGAGUCUGUGGUUAGAAACGUGACCUUUGAUCACUUGUUGACUUUCUUCACGGC